AUGAAGUUCCCAGAGCCUCACAUCCAUGCUCCACGGGAUGCGCACACCCACACAGCCAUCUUCCUUCAUGGCCGGGGAAGCAACGGACCAGAAUUUUGUGAAGACCUGUUUAGUUCUUUGACCUCGAAUCUGAAAAACCUACCAGACAGCCUGCCAAGCUGGCGCUGGGUCUUUCCAACUGCGAAGACACGCUACAGCUCGAGGUUCAAAGAAGACGAAUCAGCCUGGUUCGAUGUAUGGUCUAUAGACAACAUUGAAGAGCAAGAGGAGCUAUCUGUGGAGGGGCUGAGGGAAUCGGUCUCUCAUAUUAUGAAGAUUCUGACUGAUGAGAUCGAGCGAGUUGAUGGGGACGCUAGCCGUGUCUUUCUCUGCGGGAUCAGCCAAGGCAUGGCAACCAUACUCUGGACCUUCUUUUGUGCCGUAGGACAAAUCAAUCAACCCCUGGGCGGGAUGAUUGGAUUCUGUGGCUGGCUUCCCUUUUCUCACAAGGCAGAAGACCUGGCACGACGCCAACAGGCGAUGGAAUUGUUGCAACAAAGCAGCGGCAACCAGUCCUUGAUCGAGCCUAGUAAGCUUGACAACAAGCGACAGAUGUCUAAAUUGUUCCGCGACAUUAUCAACGAUCCUGGCCUCCCUCAAAUUGAUGUGUCUACUGAUAUAUCCAUCUUCUCAACACCGGUGCUCUUGAGUCAUGGGAGAGACGACCCGAUAGUGCCCAUUCGGUUAGGUCGUCAAGCAGCCAGAAUUCUGCAGCAUCUGGAGGUGUCGGCAGAAUGGCAUUGGUAUAGUGGUGCCGAGGCAAAUGGACACUGGAUCAAAGAGCCGCAGGGAUUUGAUCAAAUGGUUGAAUUCAUCGAGACACAGCUUUGUUGUGGGGAGCUAGCUUGA